AAAGUAUUUUUCUAUUUUCAAAUCCAGGCAUGCAGUCGUUCCACGGAUGAACACCGCAAAAAGGCAUUGGAACGCGUGACUGAAUUAGGUCUCAGUGGUCUUCGAACUCUGGUUUAUUCAACAAGGCAAGUCACUCGUGAUGAGUACUACUCACUCCUACGAGAACGUCGGCAAGCAAUGAAGCAGUUUGGGGAGGCUAGAGUUCAGGCACUGAACGCAAGCAACGAAAGAAUUGAAUCUGGCCUGGAACUCUUAGCCGUUACCGGAGUUGAGGACACGCUACAGCCCGGCGUGAAUGAGUGCCUGGAGAGCUUGAAGGCAGCUGGUAUAAAGGCGAGUUUGAAAGUUGCUUAUCCUAAAGCGAGCAACAUACUACUCGCAAAGAUGCGUUGUUGUCCACGACUCCGAAAUAAAGCAGAUGCAUCAAUCAGGCAUGUGUAUGCGAACGGCUUACAGUCAGUUGAGCCCGUAACGCUGGAACCAGCAGAUAACUUUGUCGACAACCGGAUUGUCUCUUCUAGGUACACUUGGUGGAACUUUAUAUUCUUGAAUUUAUAUGAACAGUUUCAUUUUGUUUCCAACUUCACCUUCCUGUCGCUUUCAUUCCUAUAUCUGUUUGCUCAAGGAGCCAUCAGUGCUUUUGCUUACGUUGUGCCAUUUCUUAUUUCUCUAUUCAUCACAAUCGUAAAAGAAGGUGUCUAUGACAUAUUCCGGCACCGUCGGGACAGACGGGUGAACAAUAAACGUUUCAGUGUUUUAGAAUUUGAUACGAAUAACAAUCGGCUCGUCUGGACGGAAAGAACUGCCUCCUCAUUGCGGGUUGGUCAGAUUGUUCGCUGUGUUGCCGAUCAGGAAAUUCCAUGUGAUCUCGUUCUGCUUGCAUCUGAUGGUUGUAAGAGAGAGGUUCGCUUAACUACGGCUAAUUUGGAUGGCGAAACUUCCGUAAAGACGCAUUAUGCUAUGAAUAAAACCUUCAAAAACUAUGGGAAAAUCUUGUCAAUGUUUCCUAACGACAUGGAAUUAGACGACGUUACUCAGUUCAAACCAUUGCUGGUAGAGGUCACAUAUGAGGCGCCACAUGCCGAUCUUAAUCGUUUUGAAGGAAAUCUGAUCACGUCGACGUCCCAAGGGACCGAAAAUUUGGUGCCCAUAUUGAUCGAAAACCUGGUUCUCCGAGGUGCAGUUGUACACAGUACUGGUGGCAUUCUAGGACUUGUCGUUUAUACCGGAGUGGACACAAAAUUGUCAAUGAAUUCCAAAAAGCGCGGUCGGAAAUACAGUUCCAGGGAGGACAAGUUGAAUUUUGUGCUCACUUUGUUCUUGGUCACAUCCAUUUUGUUGUGCGCGACGGGCACUAUCCUGGCGACCGUGUGGAACAAACAAAGAUCAAACGUUCCGUGGUUUGUCUCUGCCCGUCCGCCCACACGAUUUUCCUACGUGCGACUAUUUAUAUCGUUUGCGUUCAUUGCAAACUUUUUGGUCCCCGUCUCACUAAUAAUUACAAUUGAGUUGCAAAUGCUUGUGAACUCCUACCUAAUCACACAUGAUCCUGAAUUUUUCGACCCUGAGAGAGGACUGGGGGGCUCGGCCAACUCAGUACACUUGGCUGAUGAACUGGGUCAAAUUGAGUUUCUUUUCAGUGACAAAACUGGAACCUUGACACUGAAUCAAAUGGUCUUCAAGGCGUGCAGUAUUUUGUGCGAUGAUGGUAUAUACGUGUUCGACGGUGAUGAAGUCCGCCACCUGAAGAGUGAAUCAGGACAACCAUAUGUAAGAGUAACUGAGAUGCAACAGUCUAAUGUUUGGAGCGUUGGCAGCGCACUUCCAGUCCAUCUGAUGGAGUUUCUCACGGUUGUGGCACUUUGUCAUACGGUAGAAACUCGGUCAUCAGCUGAUGAGGAGGAUGUAAGCUUUGAAGCUACAUCCCCAGACGAAAAAGCCCUGGUUGAAGGAGCGGCAAAGUAUGGUAUCGUACUGAGUUCUACGAAUCGCUAUCCGGAAGUCGAAGGUGGACGCCGUUUGGUUUUACAAAGGAACCCAACCAACGACAUGAAUCGGACAACCACAGAGGAAUAUUUUGUCGACGCUACAGUGGAAUUUGACUCCAACCGAAAACGAAUGACCGUGCUGGUCCGUCACCCAGAUGGAACAUUUCACAUUCAUAGCAAAGGCGCUGAAAGUAAGCUGUUAGAAGUACAGGUGAGUUCGAUGGUAGAGCUACUUUGUUUAUUUUCCUUAAAAACUUUCCUGUCGUCUCCCUUAGCUGGAUCGAAACAGGUUUAUCCGUUGAGCACGAGUUAA